AGGUGUAUGGAGAAGCCCUCGUUUUUUUCCCAAAAGACGUCCUUUCUCAGUGACUCCCGUAGAGACUCCGGCCGGGGACUCAUCUCUUCGUCCCUCCUCCUGGCUUGGGCAGCCUCACGCCCCCCUUCCCAGGGCUGUGUAUAGGUGCCCAAAAUGGCUGGCGGCUGUGCGCGGUAGGAAGCGCUGGAUGAGCAGCGAAGUCCAGGGUCGGGAGCGGGCGGGUGUUCUGUAGUCCCACGGUCCUUUCACCAUGAGCAACAUCUACAUCCAAGAGCCGCCCACCAACGGGAAGGUUUUGCUGAGAACAACAGCAGGAGAGAUAGAUAUAGAAUUAUGGUCAAAAGAAGCACCAAAAGCAUGUAGAAACUUCAUCCAGCUUUGUAUGGAAGAGUAUUACAAUAACACAAUAUUUCACAGAGUAGUGCCUGGCUUUAUAGUGCAGGGAGGUGAUCCUACUGGUACUGGAUCAGGAGGAGAGUCAGUCUAUGGAGCUCCCUUCAAGGAUGAGUUCCACUCACGACUGCGAUUUAAUCGAAGAGGACUUGUUGCUAUGGCAAAUGCUGGGCCCCAUGAUAACGGGAGUCAGUUUUUCUUUACACUGGGUCGUGCAGAUGAGCUUAACAACAAGCACACAAUCUUUGGAAAGGUUACAGGGGAUACAAUAUAUAACAUGUUGCGCCUUGCUGAAGUAGAAGUUGACAAGGAAGAGAGACCUCUCAGCCCACACAAAAUAAGAAGUAGUGAGGUUUUGUUUAAUCCUUUUGAUGACAUUGUCCCAAGACCAAAUAGAAGACUGAAGAAGGAAAAACCAGAAGAAGAAACUAAAAAGUCCAAAGUAAAAGGCACAAAAAACUUUAACCUGCUUUCCUUUGGGGAAGAAGCUGAAGAAGAAGAGGAAGAAGUCAUUAGAGUUAGUCAGAGCAUGAAGGGAAAAAGUAAAAGUAGUCAUGAUCUACUGAAGGAUGAUCCACAUCUGAGCUCAGUUCCUGCUGUCAAAAGUGGAACAGCAAGUGAGGAAAAGGAUUUGAGUGAGGAGGAAGAAGAACAUGAUGAAGAUGCUGAUAGUGUAGACAAUGAAACUGCUAGUCAUGAGAGAUCUCAAAUAAAGGAACGCAUUGCCAAGAAGUUGAAAAUUGAUACAAGUGAAAAUGCUAAACAGCAAUCUGAAGAGGAAGAAAAUAAGCCAGAAAAGAAAACAACUAGUCGCAGUGAGGAGCUACGGAAAGAAGUGCGACAGCUGAAACGUGAACUGCUGGAAGCAAAGCAGAAAAAAGAAGAAAGAGCUUUAAAACCCAAAGAGAAAGAAGAGGAGGAACCUGCUCCAAACAGUGUUGUUGAAGAAUACCUUCAGGAGAAGAGAAGAUAUGAAGACAAGCGAAAGCAGCAGCCAAAGAAAGGAGCUUCUCGUGAAGAUCAGACACUGGCACUACUGGACCGAUUUAAAUCAAAAUUAUCCCAGGCAAUUGAAGAAACUCCUGAAAAUGAGCUUUCUGAACCUGAUGUGGAUAAUGACGAAGGAUGGAUGUCACAUGUACUUCAGUUUGAAGACAGAAGCAGAAAAGUGAAAGAUGCAAGCAUGCAAGAUGAAGACACUUUUGAGAUCUAUGAUCCACGGAAUCCUGUAACUAAGAGGAGAAGAGAAGAAAGCAAGAAGAUAAUGAGAGAAAAAAAGGAAAGGAGAUAAAAGGAAUGUAAAGCUAGCCAGAGCUGCCUUGGAAAGUGACUGCAAUAAAGCACUGGCUCUUUUGUAAGCUGAUUCUAAAAAUAUCCCUGGACAAGUGUGAAAAGGAAUCUCUCAAGAACCUGUCAGACAGUUUUGAAGCAGAGCUAUCACUUGUUUCUUAAGUUGUGCGGUCAUGUGCUCUCACUGCAUUCAUUGUCCAGCCUCUCUAAAGGUGUUUAGAGUUAUAUAUUUAAUAAAACAGCUGACUUGGCUUUUGUCUGUACUUUAA